AUGUUGAGCUGGCUGCUUCCACCCAUGGCUCUGCACACGCACAGGGGCGGGUUGUGCCGGGGAGAGCGGGAGGCUGGGCUCCGAGGCGGCGGCGGAGGCGGUGGAGGAGGAGAAAGCCGUGGCGCUCCCUCAGCCUGCCUGCCUCCCUCGUUCACCGAGCCGCUUCUGCUGCUGGGCUGCUGCUUGCGGCCGGACGACCCGGCAGAGCGGGGGCUUCUGCUGACGCCGGCGGGCGGGAUGAUGGCGGCGGGCGGCGGCGGGCCGCGGCAGAAGGCGCUCUCCCUGCUGGAGGCGGCCCGCUGCCGCUACGAGAGCCUGCAGAUCUCCGACGAUGUCUUCGGCGAGUCGGGCCAGGACAGCAGCGGGAACCCCUUUUACAGCACCACGGCCGACUCUGCCUCCGAGGAGGAGGAGGACGACGAGCGCCGGGCCCCGGAGGGAGGACGCGGCCAACGGGGCAGGACAGGAGGGCGGCGGGGCGCCAAAGCCGCGGCGGAGCAGCAGCUGCCGCCAGCGCAGGGCGGCUCGGGGGCGAGUUGCCUGAGUCCCGCCGAGCAGCCGGAGGAGGAGGAGGAGGAGGAAGAGGAAGACCAGCGGGGCUGGAGCCGGCGCCUGCGAGACACCCCGACCCCUUCCUUCAUGGAGAGCAGCGGCCCAACUCACAAAAUGCCACCAGCUGCCAGUGCCAUGGACUUCUUCCAACUGUUUGUCCCUGACAAUGUGCUAAAGAACAUGGUGGUACAAACCAAUAUGUAUGCCAAGAAGUAUCAGGAACGGUUUGGGAGCGAUGACACCUGGACAGAUGUCACCCUGACAGAAAUGAAGGCUUUCCUGGCAUACAUGAUAUCCACAAGCACUCACCACUGUGAGUCUGUCCUCAGCAUUUGGAGUAGUGGUUUCUAUAGCAACAAGAGCAUAGCACUGAUUAUGACUCAGCCAAGAUUUGAGAAGAUUCUCAAGUACUUCCAUAUUGUGGCCUUCCGUUCCAGUCAGACUACACACGGCCUCUACAAAAUCCAGCCCUUUCUGGACUCUCUGCAGCAUAGUUUUGACUCUGCUUUUAAGCCUUCCCAAACACAGGUGCUCCAUGAACCUCUGAUUGAUGAAGACCCAAUUUUUAUUGCCACUUGUACAGAGCGAGAGUCACGCAAGAGGAAAAAGCGGAAAUUCAGUCUCUGGGUACGGCAGUGCUCUUCAACUGGUUUUAUUUGUCAGAUUUAUGUCCAUCUGAAAGAAGGAAGCGGUGCUGAAGGCCUGGAUGCUUUGAAGAACAAAACCCAGCUCCACAGCAUGGUGGCCAAGAGUCUUUGUAAGAACACUGCAGGGAAAAACUACAUCAUCUUCACUGGCCCCAGUAUUACUAGCCUGAAUCUCUUCGAAGAGUUUGAAAAGCAAGAGAUUUAUUGCUGUGGGCUGCUAAGUGCGAGAAAAAGUGACUGCACUGGUUUGCCUCCAUCUAUGCUAAAUAACCCAGAUGUGCCUCAGUCACGAGGGCAGUACAGGAUAAAGAUGAAAGGAAACAUGUCCCUGAUUUGCUGGUACAAUAAAGGGUAUUUUCGAUUUUUGGCCAAUGCUUAUUCUCCAGUUCAAGAAGGGGUGAUAAUUAAGAGGAAAAGCGGAGAGAUCCCCUGCCCACUGGCAGUAGAAGCAUUUGCUGCUCAUCUUAGUUAUAUCUGCAAAUAUGAUGACAAGUACAGCAAGUAUUUCAUUUCUCAUAAACCGAACAAGACCUGGCAACAAGUGUUCUGGUUUGCCAUCAGCAUUGCCAUAAAUAAUGCUUACAUCCUCUACAAAAUGUCAGAUGCCUAUCAUGUGAAGAAGUACAGCCGCGUGCAAUUUGGUGAGAGACUUGUCAAGGAGCUGCUGGGCUUGGAGGAUAUUUCACCUUCUCAUUGAUGGAUCAUUCCUUGUGUCUUAGGUCAGGAGUGGAGGAGACUACAAAUCUGGACCAUUCAAAUGGGAAACUUGUCAAUCACACUAACCACACUGCUCCCCCUGAAAAAAAUGAGCCAGGAAGCCAGUAAAAUGGUGGAGGUUUUGUAGAAGGUACUGCUGGUGGUCAAAGAGCCCUGAAAAGAGCACCACAUCAAAUCGGCACAUGUGAAUGCUCCCUGGGCACUUGCACAUCAGAAAUGAAUUCAAGUUAAUAGCUGUUUCUUAAUAAUAUUUGUCAAACAGGGUGUUAGUUGCCAUACAAGCCCCUUUCCCUGGCCCCUCCCAUACUAAAAGCAGCACAGCAGAUCAAACUGGGCAUUACAGACAACUCUGUACAUUGUUGGACUGUGCAGCUGUUGCACAGUUUAAAGACAUGUCCUGUUUGGGGGCUGAUAAUACUCAGCAC